UUCAUUUCAUAAGCACGCUGACGCUGCCUGUCGGGUCUAAAUUUUAGGAUUAAUCUCAUAAAUUGUUGUUAUGCUGCACUAGCAACAUUUAUUGGCUCGUGCACUGUGAAACAGACGACUCGGCAAUAUCAAAUAUCGCAUUUUCUGUGGCUGCAUAUCGACCGGAGCAACAAGGGAACUCAAUUUUCUCAGCGUGUGCAAAUCGGAGGGGCCAACAAAAACAAUACAUACGAAAUUGUUGCAAACAAAGGCAAAGAACGCAACGAAAAGGAAGGAAAAGAAAAGAAGAGAAUAGAAUAUAAAGAAAAAAAACAGGCCACAAUUUGAUUAUUCCGUGUUUGUUUGCUGCGAAUGGACGACGUCAUUGAGAUUAGCGAUAGCGAGCGCGAGGAAAGCUUGUCAACAUCUGACAUGGAAGUGGAACUGCCCGAGGAAGUCGUCGACGGUGAGCAGAUUGUGCCAAAGGACGCGGCAACCUCACAACAAGAAAGUGGUUCAAACAGCUGUGGCAAGCAACGCAAAGACCGAAUCAAAAGCAAAAAAAGAAUCAAAGCAAACAAUCAAUCUUUAAAACUAAAAAAAAGAAGCGAGCAUCGAGCAGAAUUUCGCAGAAAGUGGAAAAUGUUUUACAUUGCUGAAGAGAAAAAGAAACUGGGCAACGACCAAUACAAGGCACAAAACUAUCAGAAUGCACUCAAACUGUACUCGGAUGCGAUCUCGCUGUGCCCCGAUUCGGCGGCCUACUACGGCAACCGUGCCGCCUGCUACAUGAUGCUGCUCAACUAUAACAACGCUCUCAUGGACGCCCGCAACGCCAUCCGACUUGAUCCCAACUUUGAGAAGGCCUAUGUGCGUGUGGCCAAGUGCUGCCUGGCCCUGGGCGACAUCAUUGGCACGGAGCAGGCGGUCAAAACGGUUGCCGAACUGGAUCCGCAGAGCAAGGCGCUGAGCGGCGAGGAGCAGGCUGUGCAAAAGCUGCGACAGCUGGAGACGACCAUACAGAGCAACUACGGAUCGCAGUCAUAUCGCAAUGUCGUCUACUAUUUGGAUAGUGCGCUCAAGCUUGCACCUGCCUGCCUGCGAUAUCGUCUGCUGAAGGCCGAGUGUUUGGCCUAUUUGGGGCGAUGUGAUGAGGCAUUGGAUAUUGCCGUUAGCGUCAUGAAAUUGGACAGCACCUCGGCAGAUGCGAUCUAUGUGCGUGGCCUGUGUCUGUUCUACACGGACAAUCUGGAGAAGGGCAUACUGCAUUUUGAGCGGGCUCUGCAACUGGAUCCCGAUCAUCAGAAGUCGAAGGAGAUGCGCAGCAAGUGCAAGCUGCUCAAGGAGAUGAAGGAGAACGGCAAUAUGCUGUUCAAAUCGGGACGAUAUCGCGAGGCGCACGUCAUCUACACGGAUGCCCUGAAAAUUGACGAGCACAACAAGGACAUCAACUCGAAGCUGCUCUACAAUCGCGCCCUGGUCAACACACGCAUUGGCUCGCUGCGCGAGGCUGUCGCCGACUGCACACGCGUGCUGGAGCUGAAAGCACAGUAUCUGAAGGCGUUGCUGUUGCGCGCCCGCUGCCACAACGAUCUGGAGAAGUUCGAGGAGUCGGUGGCCGACUAUGAGACGGCGCUGCAGUUGGAGAAGACGCCGGAGAUAAAGCGAUUGCUGCGCGACGCAAAGUUUGCGCUGAAGAAGUCAAAGCGUAAGGAUUACUACAAGAUUUUGGGCGUUUCGCGAAAUGCCACCGAGGAUGAGGUGAAGAAGGCGUAUCGCAAGAAGGCAAUGGUCCAUCAUCCAGAUAGGCACACAAGCAGCAGUGCCGAGGUGCGCAAGGACGAGGAGCUCAAGUUCAAAGAGGUGGGCGAGGCCUAUGCCAUCCUGUCGGAUGCGCAAAAGAAAUCCCGAUACGACAACGGACACGACAUUGAAGACCAAAUGCAAGCCGAUUUCGAUCCGAAUCAAAUGUUUCGUUCGUUCUUCCAAUUCAGCGGCGGACGCAACUCUUCCUUCAACUUUGAGUACUGAACAACCACAAAAGAUGAUCCACAUCCUGAUUAGCUACAUCGCCACGUACUUGCGGCAGGCAACUGAUGCACAAAUUAAAGUCUUUGCAUUUUACACAACUA